AUGGCGUCCGUCAUGAACCGUCAGCGAUCUGGCUCUCUGUACAUCACUAUUUCUAUCCCACCUCUACUCGCAUACCAGAGGCCAAACACCCUUCCAUAUCCUUCCCAUCUUCCCCCGGAUUCUGACGUUACAAACUACGAGCUCGAAUGUGCCCACGGCUUUGCCAAUGAAGAGUUCAGCUGGGGCUUGUACUUUUACCACGACGAAAGCAAAGGCACCUGGUACACUCUCCGACGAGUCUCGCCCCUCAGCAUCGAUCGGACGAUGCCAAUCCCGCCAGCCUUCGAAAUGAUCAAGCAAGAUGUCCCCCUUGCGACCCUCCGCCUGAAUGUCAUGCUCGUCGGCCUCAUCCGCGUCUUCGCCGUGGACCCGGGGGCCAACACAGAUGCCCACAUGGGGGGCUUUGGCUCCUAUCUCGACUGGCUGACUGCCAACCUGGCGAUCCAAGCCACGAGGUCGUUUCUCUGGGUUGUAGGUGCAUACGUGCGAUGCCGGCAGCACGUUGUCAGGGCCCACGGCCUCAGUGACCCCGGCACCUUCGACAUUAGUCGCUUUCUCCACGAGGCCUUGACCUUUGCCUACCUCGAAGUGUGGUACGCCGUCGGUGGGCAGUUACCUCGACCUAUCAUCUCCUCGGAAUCUGGAGCUGCACUCGUGUUGGAUGAAAUUACCGAGGGGAACCGUCCUGGAGAAGUUGAGCAGAAUGCUGAGAAGGACGUCGAGAAAGUCCUCGAUGUCAACGACGAGAGCCAGUGGCCCAAGCUGCCAAUCAGAGCCAAAAAGACCAAGUGA